GAGCGCGGACCGGUGGGACCCGUGCGUCGGUCAUGUGGCCGCGCCCGCGCCCGCGCCCGCACCGCCGUCGAAAGGUGUGACGUUCGCGCCCGUGGCGGAAGGUGCUGUCCGCGUCCGGGGCCGUCCUUUCUGCGGCGUCUUGCGGUCUUUCCGUUUUAAAUAAGGAGGAAAUCUGAGCAAGAAUUACAACUCUUGGCCAUGGUGACACUUGUCCAAACUCUUACUGAUCACAUUGAUGAUGUUAACUGCUGUGCCUUUUCUUCCACAUGUCUGGCUUCCUGUUCACUGGACAAAACAAUUCGUCUUUAUUUAUUGAAGGAUUUCUCAGAGCUUCCUUUCUCACCACUAAAGGGCCAUAGCUAUGGGGUACAUUCUUGUUGCUUUAGUUCCUGUGGGAAUUUCCUAGCUUCGAGUUCAACUGAUGGGACGACUGUGUUAUGGAAUCCGCAAUCUGGAGAGAAGUUGGCAGUAUUGAAGCAGCCGAGUGAAAGUCCAGUACGGGUUUGCAAAUUCUCCCCUGACACCAAUUAUUUGGUAUCUGGUGCAGCUGAUGGAACUGUGGCAUUAUGGGAUGUUCGCCGGAAGAAACUACGCAGGACAAGCACUGUUGAGGAUGGAUCAGUAAUUGCCUGUGACUUUUCUCCUGGUGGCAACUACUUCAUUACGGGCUCAACCUCUGGAGAACUGACUGUUUGGGAUUGUCAAAUGAAGUGCCUUCUUAAUGUGAAGACAGCUCAUGAUUUGGGAGUUACUUGUUGUGAGUUUUCACCUCAGCCAACCAAAGGUGGCACAGAUGGUUCGACAUCACAGGGCUUUCUGAUGGCUUCUUGUGGUCAGGACAACAAAAUAAUUUUUUGGAUGCUAUCAUAUGCAGGUUGUGAACUUAAAAUGAAAUACUCAUUAAACCAUCAUACGGCUCCUGUUCUUUCAUGUUGUUUUUCACCUGAUGGGCAUUUAUUGGUAUCUGGGUCUGUUGACAAGUGUAUUAUAAUUUGGGAUUCGAUUACCGGAGUCCCUCUUCACACACUGACACAACAUAAAAGGUACGUGACAGCUUGUGCAUUUGCACGUGAUCUUCCCUUGAUUGCUACUGGUUCUAUGGACAAAACAGUGAAUGUUUGGAGAAUUGGAUUAAAAAAUUCAUCUGACGAUCAUUCAUCAACGAAAAUCAGACAUUCCGUUCAGCACUGGUCAGAAGAUGACGUCUGUUCUUGGCUGUCAGCAGAGGAACUACACGAAUUAGUGGUUGUUUUCAAGUCUAACAAUAUUGAUGGCCAGGAACUGCUGAAUCUUACAGAAAAAAACCUUGUGUCUGAUUUAAAUAUAGAAUCGCUUGGACUGCGUAAUAAAACAAUGCGGAAAAUCGAAGAACUAAAAUCAAAGAUGGAAUCUUCUUGUGUUGGUAUACCAGAUGAAUUUCUCUGUCCAAUAUCUAGAGAGGUUAUGACUGAUCCAGUGAUUGCUGCAGAUGGCUAUUCGUAUGAGAGAGAAGCCAUUGAAAACUGGAUUAAUACCAAAAAGCGUACAAGUCCUAUGACAAAUAUCCCUUUGGAGUCUACAUUAAUAACACCCAACAGGACACUUAAAAUGGCCAUUGAUCGCUGGAUAGAUGCCCAACAAGUCCUACAAACAACAGCGCAACAAAAAUAACAGAACAUCAGUAACACUGCAUUCUGAUAUCCUUACUUUAUGAACUAAUGAAUAAUGGAAACAAUCUUGUAUAGAAAAAUUGUUUCAUUUAUAAUUAAAACUGAUUAAAUGUUAACAUGUAUCAAUGACAAAUUUAAUAAAGGGCUCGGAAUUCUCCAUUGUCCCAAGCAAUUACUGGAAUUGGCUUAUUAUUGUCACAUGUACUGAUGUACAGUGAAACGGUUGUCUUGCACACUGUUCAUACAGAUCUACUCAUUACACAGUACAUUGAGGUAGUUAGUACAAGGUGAAACAAUCACAAAAUGCAAAAAAGUCCACCUUAUCAUACUAGGGAACCAUUCAAUGGACUUAUAACAGCAGUGUAAAAGCCUUUUAAGUGGUAUGUACUUAAUUGGACAUAUUGCAAAAUUGAUUUAUGCUGUUUUUAGCAGGAUUAAGUCAACCCAUGAACCUUGCUAUAUGCUUCCUUUUUGCACUAUUAUGUAUUCAUUUUAUAAUUUAUAGUACUCUAUGUAUUGCUGGACAACACAUUUCAUGACAUGUCAAUAACAAAUCUGAUUUUGAACAAAUAGAAUCUCAACAACAUGUGGACACACAGAGUAAGGAAAAUCUAAGCGUAACUACAAUAUUAAUAAAAAUCAGUCAUUGAAUACAUUUGCCACAACCUGGUUAGGAAGCUCAAAUGAAUAAUUUCCUGCUAUCCUAACCUCGAGUUCAUUCAGGUGAAAUCAUUCGGGCUGUCUAUUGAAAGAAUCACUGGAUUUUCUGUGCCUACAAAUUUAGUAGAAGGGUAAACCAAAGUCAAUCAUGACCCAAAAAUAUUAGAAUGUGAUUUUAUUUUUUUUUGCAUUAAUGUGCUAUAUGCAUUCCAGGAAAAAGUUAAAACAACAUUUUAACCCAGGCUUUCAGUUGGAAACUAUACAGACAAUACACAGAAUUGUAUUUUUUUUUCUCUAUUUGCAAUAGAGUUGUAAAUGAAAUUGGAAGGUCAUUACAAACAUUCAGAACUGCUGCUUCUAACCACAGUUAUGCAGCUGCAAUAAAAAUUUAGGCACCUCAAUGAAACAGUUACACAAGUUGUGCAAAAGUCACUAGAUAAAAAGUAUGCUUUUACAAAUUCUCAAGCAUGAGCAAUCUCAAAUAAAUAGUACUUAAUAGCAAACCAUUGUAUUUAAAAUUUACACUGACUAUACUUGAUUAAAAUGUUUUAAUUUGAUUAAUGUGAAACUGAUUACAAAUGAGUACAGUGGAUUCCAGUUAAUUGGGACAAAUCAGGACCAGUACUUAUUGGCCCAUUAUGCGGCUGCCCCAACUAGCCGAAGUUUCAUGGAAAUGGUUAAGGUGGUACAUAAAAAAAAAAGUACAAGCUAUCGUUUAACUGAGUAACAAAUUAUGUUCUUAAAUGAAAUACAGAACAAACUACAACAUUACAAUACUACUACAGUACAAUAAAAUUGUAUUGGUUCCUAAUGGCUAUCAGAGGAAUUCAUACAUUGUACUCUAUGUUCUUUUGAUCGACUGUAAAUGAACAAAAUCAAUGAAGUCAGCUUGUAUAGAUAAUGGAUUGGCUUCAUACAAUGCUCCUCCAAACUGCAUCAUCCAAAUCUUCAUUUUCAUUGCAACAUUCAAGAUGAUUGUCGAUGCCUUCAACUUCUUCGUAGUUUCUAACUCCAUAGUUUCACUCCCAGUCAUUUAAGACAUCCCUAAGCCUGAAUGCUUGAGACCACAGCAAGCAAAACAAUUCUGAAUUUUUGGUGAACUAUCAGUGACAAAAAUCUCUGCUUUUUAAACACAAGCACAAGCAACUGACGCUAUUUAAAAACCAUUCGUUCUAAUUAAGGGGUAGAAUCUAAUAGCCACACAAGUGCACGUGUCUGCUCCAAUUAAGUGGUAUAACGUCCCAAAUAAACAAAGGGAAUCCUGGCAAUUUUCUCAAUUAGUUUUUGUUGUUUUUUUUAAAAAAAAGAGUUGUCCCAAAUAAGUGGCUGCCCUGAUUAACCGACGGCCCAAUUAACUGGAAUCCACUGUACUUCAUUGUUUUAGGAUUACAUAACCCUUCCCGAAUGUGAAAGACUUGUAUUUGUUCCAUUUCAAUGUUGGAUUUCUUAUAAAAAUUAUAAAUGGUUGAAAUAAAAACACUAUCAAAUUUUAAUAACUCCCUUUGUGCUGAUUAACAAUGCUGAUGCAUAUUGUAUAUUAAUCUAAUUCAUACUAUAUAAAUACUUAUAAAUUACAGCAAAAGCACUUUAAGGCAUUUUAUAAUUUGUACGUUCAUAAAGUGCAGUUAUUUGUUAAAUGCCAUAUUAAAAUGUUCAGUGCAACAGCCAGCUGGGUUAAACCUUAUAUAUAAUCAACAUGCAAUGUUGUUCUGUAACAGUCAAGUCUUGGUGACAAGCAUCAUCCUGACAAGUACAGUACCAGGGCAGCAAACUCCACUAGUGAAUUAUAAUUAGAAGGGGGAAAAAUGG